AUGUCUUCCCACGCCAACACCCCUCAGUCCAACGUCCCCAGCACUCCCCUCAACAACAUCAUCCCCCUUCAAAACGAGCCGGCCUCGUCUUCAACCCCCAUCCGCGCCCACAACAACGCAACUCGCUCUGAAUACGACGAUGAGUACCCCAGGUUCGACACCGCGGCAGGCUUCCAAUUCCGGCGUUCCCCUUCUCCCAGCCCUACCUCCCUCUACGACUCCCGCCAACGGGUGUGGGAGAACAACGUGACCCUCCGACUGGACUUGCUCUCGGAGCGCCAGGAUCAUCUCCAGGAGGUUCAAGAAUCUCUAGAAGAGAGACAAGGGUUCUUCAACGAACGUAUGGACUUGCUCUCCGAGCGUCAGGACGUCGACGGUGCGCGCAUCGAUAAGGCCACUAGACCUAUUCGCGCACUUCUUCCGGGCUUAUGUGCGGCUGUACGCCAAUCAUCAAACACGAAUUCUAUGGCUAUGAGCCGUGUACGCGGAACGUCAGGCGUAUGCAUCAAGCGGAGAGCCGACGAUGUUGAAGACGAUGAGGAACAGAACGAUGACGCGAAGCGCGUUGUCGCUAAGACUUCCAAGCGCCAGAAGACCGAACAUACUUCAAGCAACGACGACGAUUCCGAGUCGGAUGGCUCCGGACUGCACGCCCCCGGCAGCAGCGGUUACUUCAGCCUCAGCCCGGCCAGCCCGAGCAGAUCUCCCAAGCGGGCUCGGGACGAUGACGAAGACCAAGAUGAGGAGGACAAGCCUAGACCUUCCAAAAUGCGCAAGACGAUAGCUAAGAUGGCUUCCACGGCUACGAAGGCUUCCAAGACUUCCACCAAGACUGCUAAGAAGGGCACCGCUUCCAAGGCCAAGCCGGCCAAAGCCCCGGCUAAGAAGACCACAACCGCCCAGAAGAAGGCUCCCGCGCCUGCUCAGCCCGAUCGUUCUACUUCAACCAGAUACGGCCUGAGAAACCUCGCUAAGAUAGCAGAGGAGAAGAGGAAGAAGGAAGAAGAGGAGCGCAAGGCCCGGGAGGAGCGGGAGAAGAAGGUUGCGGCAAAGAAGAAGAAGACUGGAGCUGCAAAGAAAACGACUGCUGCAAAGACUACUGCUGGCAAGACUACUGCUGGUAAGACUACUGCUGGCAAGACUACCGCUGCAAAGACCACCACUGCCGGAAAGACCACCACCGCGAAGCCAGCUACUGCGAAAACCACUUCCGCAGACAAAAUUAAGGCUGCUGCCGCCGCUGCCGCUAAGAAGAAGGCCGACAUUAUUGCCGAGAAGAUGAAGAAGACGGCGGUUACUGCUAAGAAGACACCAGAAGAGAGCGAGUCCGAGGAAGAAGAGGAGGAAGAGCAAGCGGUGCAGAAGAAGCCAGCACAGCAACAACAAAAGCAGAAGCAGCAGGACGAAGCUGAAGAGGAGGACGACGAAGAUGAGGAGGAACAACAGCCGAAGCAGCCGAAGAAGCCGAAGCAGGCACAGAAACAAGAUAACCAACAGCAGCAAGACGGGGCCGAAGAAGAGGAAGACGAGGACGAGGAGGAACAACAGCAGCAGCCUCAACAGCAGCCGCAACAACAAGAUAGCCAGCAGCAGGAUGACGAAGCUGAGGAGGAGGAGGAUGAGGAGGAACAGCAGCAACAACAGGUAGGACAACAAGGAGAGCAGCAAGAAGAGCAGGAAGAAGAGGAGGAGGAGCAGCAAGAGGAGGUCCAGGUCCAGGGAGCCUCGAAAGACCAGGACGAUGAGGACGACCAGGACAACAAUGACGGUCAGGGAGACGGUGCGAACCAGGCAGACGAGGAGCAACAAGAUGAAGACGAUGAGGAGCAAACCGGGCAGCAGGACCAGGACGAAGACGAGGAUGAGCAACAGCAGAAUGAUGGACAAGAGAAUCAACAGCAGCAGCAGAAGAAGAUUGACGCCGAUGAUGAGGAGGAGGAGGAAUAA